AUGGCAUUUUCUCCCCUACAAACAAUCCUCAUUGCCCUCAUUCUCUCCGUCUCGAUUUCCCCUUCGCUUGCCCGUAAACACAAACACAAGCACAAGCACCACCACCGUGAACGAGAUGAGCCCGAAUACAUACCGGACGAUCUAAACCGUGAGCUCAAGGACCUCUGCUCACAAACAGACGACUCCAAAGUGUGCUGGCACAUAAUCGAGCCCGAGAUCAGCCGGUUUAAAGACACGGAUCCUGAUUGCAUAACAGACGUGUUGCUCGACCUAGCAAUAUCAAGGGCCAACGAGAUACACGACGAGCUCAACGGGUACCAUGAGGACUCGAAAAACGACGAACUUAAAGAGAAAUACUUAUCGUGCUCGAAGAAUUAUAACGAUGCUGUUCGAAAUCUGAACCUGGCCAAGACGAACUUGGGAUCGGGGGAUUAUGAGAAUAUUCCGAUACAGAUUGAGGAUACUCAACAGGAGUUGGAAGGGUGCAGGGGAGAGUUUUGUGAGGGUUCGUUCGACCCGGGCCACAUUGGGAACAGGGUCAACGAAUUCGAUCUAUACGUGAAUAUCGUGAAGGUGUCUGUGGACCGGUUGAGGGAUUGGGAUUCGAGGGAGGACAUUGAUUGA